UUAAUCUAACAGACAAUAUGAACGGGUGAGUGCAAGCCUAUCCAUCCUGGUUUAUGCCAGGUCUGGGAAAAAUGGAUGAGUGAGAGGUGGAGGACCAUGGAACGAUGUGAAGGAGGCUGAGAAGAGGGAUUUAAGACAUUUUUAGCAUUUAGGAGGAAAUUUUGGGCCAGGAGAGUUUUUAAUGAAAAACCAAAAAUUCUAAGAUGGAGUUUUUGGAAUGGGAUUGAGAGCUGAUGCUUUGCUAAGUGUUGAUUUUGAAUUUUUAUGUUGUAGAUUAUGUUCAGCAGUUCAAUCAAAAUUGUGAAAAUUCAACAUCCAGGAUUCCUUUUUGAUAUUUUCAAAAAUCUUCACCUCUAGAUUUUUGUUCUCUAAUAAUUCUUAUAGCCUCUCAGACUCAGACGAGGACACCAACCCAAGAUUCUUUGCUAACACAGCAUGAAUAGAUGAAUCAGUCUGUGAAGAAGAGCCUGCGAACAGGCCUACUCAUCAUAAGCCUUCUCUCAAUCAGAUAAAGCCAAUCGAAGUUGGAUCUAAGAUAGUUUCUCCUAGUUCUCAACAGUCUUCUCAAUCAGACGAUGAUAUUUCUUCAGGAGUAAAUGAAACUUCUGAUGAGGAAGAAGACAAACAGGCCAGAAUUAUCGCCAAAGCUAAGACUAAAGGACUUAAAUAAGCUCCCCUCUCCUGGCCUUGGCAUAUCCACCAAGGUGAUCUCAGCACCUAUUCAGACCACCAAUGGCUGGGGUGAUUUCAAAGAUGCCCAGGAACCUCAAGAUAAUCAACAGGUGAAUGGGAAUCAUAAAGAUGAUAAUAAGCAUAAUGCAGGGACGAACAAUGGAUGGGGUGAUUUCCAACGCACAAAUCCUUGGGGUAUCUCUCAAGUGAAGGAAGAAUCCCCAGUCUCAAAGAAAGAGACAAGCAAUCAGGACAAUAAGUUAGAAGCCUCUUUGAAUAACUCUGAAAAUAUCAAUGAUGAAACCAUUUCGAUGGAAAUGAUGCCGAAAAUGGACCCGAUGCAUCAGUCCCAAACUAACCCAAUGAUGUGGGAUGAAACCACUAGUGAUGUCCAAAAGUUUGCAAAUGGAGAAGUAGAAUGAGACGAAUCAGAGAUUAUCCAGACCUCCAAGUCCCCCAAUCACUCUUUCGAGUCACCCAGAAAGCCAAUUGAAGAGUCUAAAGGACCUUUAGGACGUGAGACAAUUCCUGCAAUGACCAAGGCACGAGCCUCGAGCGGUAGUGUUUAUAUUAAAAAGCUUCAAGCGAAGAGCAGUUGCCCAUUUGCUACCUUCAACACUACAGAAGAUUACCUGUAUGCUCUGCGUUCGGAGAGCCAAAUGCUUUUCUCGAUCGAAAAUAUAUAGACUCCCGUCACCUAGAUCUCAGAACACAUAAACCACAAUUAGAGCAAUCAGAAGAAGAUGACGAAGAAGACGAAGAAGAAAGGCCUGAAAUCGAAUGUGUUGAUGAUUGCCUCAAGUUCAUGAAAACUACCUUCAAGAAUCACAAAAGAAAAAGAAAGCACAGGAUGAUACUCAGGGUCGAGAGAGAAGAAACAAAGGAAGAGGAGACAGAUAAGCUAGGCUUGAGGAGAGGUGAGCAGGAGUAUGAAGGAGUUGAGAUCAAGACUUAUUUGAGAGCUGUGAGGUUGAAUUUGGGUAUGAAGAAAGCAGCCAAAAAGAGAUUUUCACCCUUUAGAGUCAGGCAACAACGUAAGACUAUUACGGUGAAAUUUGAAGAGGAGUCGAAGGAGGAGAGUCAGUUUGAGACUCCAGUGAAGAUUUCGAGGAUGUCAAGCUCUAUUGAGAGCCCGAAAGGAUGACAAUUACAGAGGAAUAGCAGUUUGUUUAAUAAAUAAAAUUGUACGGUUCCAAAAGUAUCUGAAUCAUGAUGAUUUGAUAUCCCAGACAUUAAGAAGUGUCAAUGAUGAUCAUAAGUUCUAUGAUUCUUAUACGUUCAAUAAACUAGAAGAUUUAUUGAACCUGAUGCCUGAGAAGGCUCAUUUCGAUAGCUCCAUGAAGCUUAAGCUUUCAGCUGAUAAGUACUCACGAAGAACUCUAAGCUUGCAUCUGAGUAACAAGGAGAAUAGAGAGCAGUACUCUGCUGCUAAAGAUAUCGACAAGCAAUUCAUGCAAACAAUUCAGCCAAAGGAUAGAUCUAUGACAGCAAGGAGUACUCCCAAUAGGUUCCAUACAGUGAAAGAAAGCCAUAAGUGUCCUAGCAAGAUUGGAGAUACCUCUCAAGACUGAAAUCUCUCCAACUCUGCUUCAAGUAAGGAUAAGGACAAAGGAUCAUUGGUAGCCCAGAAGAAGGCAGAGAUCCUAUCCAAGCUCAAAAAUUAUGAUUUCCUAGUUGCAAAGAACUUGUAUUUUGAGGAAGCAGAAGGAUUCCCUGAACUUUCACUUGAUUUUUAAGAGCGAUUGAUGUACAAUUUACGCAGGUUUCAAUUAAA